CGAUCGUCGGGAACAGACUCCUGAUGUAGCUGCCGCACACUGCCAUCACAGACACGUAAGGAAAAGUCGUGUUUCGCGAUAAGCCGCGCGUCGUCUGAUGUUGCACACUUAGACGCACCGUCUGGGAAAAUCGCGUGUCUCUCCAGUUCGCUGGGGAGAGUAAAUGUCAAAAAACGCGGACAGACAGAACACGCCUCUCUCCUUUCUCGCACUAUACACGCUCUCUGGCCGCGGCUAACGCGAGUGCUGCUGCUGCAUGAUAUUUUCUCCCUCUCACUCGCUGGUAAGUACUAUAUAUAUAUAUAUCCGUAGCGGCUCUUUCUCCACACGGCGAUUAUGCCUGGACUACACCGAGUGUGACUAAUUCAGUAAUUCUAUUGGUGUAGUUAAAAAAAACCAGAGUAUACUUGAAAUAAAGUAUAGACACGUUUGUUGAGUUUUUCGCUUGAUUAAUGUGUGCUAUAAUUGUUCUACAAGAAUAUAUAAAUUGCUUAUUUUUAAAAUCUCUUCGAUUCGAGCUUCAUUUCGUCUAUAACCUCGAAAAAUUUUAAUUAUUCUUCAAUUCUACUUCAAAUUAAUAAAUGAAAUGAAAAAUCUUUUAGACUUGCUCCAAAAUGUAGAUUUCGGAGCAGUAGCAUAAAUCAGCUCGUCAUUCGUAAAACCGGCACAAUCCAUUCAAGUCGCGGCGCUUACGCACUGUCCAUCUCGCUCUAUCCUCCCCCACCUAUACCAUACGAUGCAUCUCGCUCCCGCCCACAGUAUGCGCGAGUCGUCAUUUCGAAACGAGCGCCGCAGCAUAUACACAUCCGCGACCGAAUAUGCAUGCAAAACAACGUAUAACGAACAGCCCGCCACGUGCACCGCGCGCCGCGCACACCUGCUGAUUAGCCCGCGCGAGGGAUAUAUGUUCCUCUGUCGCCAUUACCCGCGACAGACCUUCGUUACACUUCGUCCGACUCCCCGACGUCUCGAGGAAAGCUUUACUCAUAUCGCGACGAGUCGGUAAAUUCGCAGAGAGUCUCGGAAACUUACGUGGGUGGUAGUAGUACACAGAGCGAUGUUCACUGCGACGAAGCAGCGCAGUAUAGUAGCAGUAGUAGUCAACUCGCCAUCUUGGAUAUCUGUCAAACGAGUAGGUCGCGCGCGCGCGAGGACAUGUCCUGGAAUAAUUCUCUCCUGGAUAGCUCGAUCCAAGAGCUUUUUCGGGGAGGAGCUUCCUGAAGCACUGCUUUACGAGUCCUGCUAUCUUUCGCUCCGGUUUUCUCGCUGUGCGGUGCGAUAGAAUGCGACGUUUGUGAAGAAGCUGAGGCGGAACAGCUCGCGCUGCAGUCUCGCGCUUCGAUGGCUUUGAAGGUGCUGGAGGUGAGGAAUAAGGAAGUGAAGAUCAACGGGAUGCCAACCGACGUGGAGGAGAGCGACACGGACGAGCAGGAAAAACCCGGACCUGCCAAGAGGCAGAGGUUGCAGAGCGUACCCGCUGUGGAGGCUAGCCAACAGGAGCCUCAGGAACCAGUGGAUCCAGCAGAAGUGAUAGAUGAAGAAGCAGAUAGACGUGCCAGAGAGAAACUACGUGGCUGGCAAGCAUGCCAGGUAGCAAAGGGUUUUGUAGACAACACCAUCAACCGAGUGCUAGAGAACUACAUAACUUCACCACCAGCAUCUUAUCCAUUUGAGGAUCCCUGGUACCGUCUGUUCCGGGGAAAUCAAAUGGAAGAUACAGCUAUAACAAUGGCCAUUCGCAACCAUGGUUUGGGUCGUUCUCUGAAUCUUGCGCAAUCACCUUCUCUCCUAGCAGAGAGAGUAUCUAAUGUUCCUCAAAACUCUGAAAACACACAAGCGCCUGUAGCAACUACAUCAUCAGAAGCUCUGCUGUUGACCGACUCGGAAGCAGCUAGUAACAGUGGCGAAGGUGACUGGCUGGAUGACACCUAUGACAGCGACCAUCAGCAGGACUUCCUGGAUCGAGCUGUUGCUGAAGCUAUCAAAAAGAAGGGAUUGAGCACGCUCAGCGUCGACUAUGGUUGAGUAGGACGUGGCAAAGCUCCGUCCGAUGGUUAAUUCGUUGUCGUUGAGCAGUGUCGAUUCUAUAUAUAUAUAUUUUAUAUAUACAUCAACAUGCUAAAUUUUCUAACCAUCGAUGCGUUGAUCUUUCUUCACUACUAUAUGUCUGUGUAACCUAGGUAAUCUUCAAUUUUAAGAAGAACCAGCUAUUUUAAUUAUAUUGCGAUAUCCAUUACGCGAUUUUACUCACGUAUGUGUCGUGCUGACGUAAAUUUUUUCAAAAUUGUGCGAAAAAGUUAUUUGAAAAUUUAUAACGUAGUAAGAAGAGUAGUGUUUCCAAUACGAAUUCACGUCAGAGUUCUUGAAUCUUGUAACGUUCGAAAUGUAAAAUUAUUGCGCACACAAGAUUUCCAAAAAAAAUUACGUCAGGAAAGCGCUAAUUUGCGCAGAGCCAUUUAUUUGAUAGUCAUCUCCUUUACAUUCUAAAAAAGAAGAGCAGACGAGAAUCAGAGUUCUCGUCUUUAUUAUACAUAAUGAAAUAGUCUGAGAGGACAGGCGCUUCUAAGCUCCCCCUUUAUCCAAUAACAGACAACUACUAAUAUCCUAAUUGUAAAUUAUAUAGAGCCAUAUAUAUAUACGAGGAGCGCAAAAUAAUAAGCCGCGGUCACUUUGCUCCGAUGACUGAGAAUACAAACAAACGAUGAAAGAACAAAAAUUAUACGUGUUGUUUGAGCAUAAAAGUAUUAUUGUAUCAACGAACAAUAUUUAAUCGUGAGUAAAAGUUUACAAGUUCGUUCAGAUCACUCGCUCUGUAGUGAACAAAGUUAGUUUGCAAAGAGAACAUUCCUACUAUAGACUUUAGCCAUAGACUGAGUUAUUUUUUAUCAUGUACACGUUGAUUGCGGAAUUGAUUUUCCACAUAGGUUUAGUGCUUUUUAGUUGUUACGAUCAUUAUUCUUUGAAAAUCAAAAUAAUUUUACGUAGUCUCGUCUGAUUGAAACUUUUAUUAAUUACAUGUGUUUAUUCUGCUUUCUGUUUUUUAAAAGCAGUAACGCUUUAUCGAAUGCAUAAGUCGCCAUUGAUAAUAAAAGAAAAAGUAUAUAAGCAUAUAA